AGAGCUGGGGCUUGCUGCUGCUGCUGCUGUAUUUGACGUUGUGUGUAAGGACUUCACGCCCUUCAAUCCUGCUGCUGCUGCUGCUGCUGCUGCUGAGGGAGACGCCGAGGGGGAGGGCGACGCGGCUGCUGCUGCUGCUGCCGCUGCUGCUGCUGCUGCACGCACGGUGGUUGAGGAGGACGCCGUGCUGCAAGAGCUGCUGCAGAAGCUGCAGCAGCAAGACGACCUGCAGCAACAGGCACAGCAGAGCAGCAGCAGCACUGUCAGCAGCAACGGCGGCAGCAACAGCAGCCUCCAGAGCAGCAGCAGCAGCAGCAGCAGCAGCAGCAACGCCAAGUCGGUCCCCUUUUCUUCAAAGAGGCGCCCAUAUACUAUAAAGCUGCGGGCAGUGGGGAGCCUCAAGCGACAACACCGCCGCAGCAAGCAGCCGCAGCAGCAGCAGCAGCUGCUGCUGCAGCAGCAGCAGCACGACGAGGACAGUGGCUUCAGCAGCAGCGCGGACUCUUCUAAGUGUGACUCUGAGGAAGAGACAGACCCGAGCUUGGCGCUGCUGGAAGCUGCUGCUGCUGCCCUUGGCCUCCUAGAACCAAGCCACCUGCAGCAGCAGCAGCAGGAGCAGCAGCAGCAGCAGCAGGAGCAGCAGCAGGAGCAGAAGCGAAACCGCGUCAAACGGGCACUGCAGCAGCCGUUGACUGAGGAGGGGGUGCUGCAAGUUGCUCAGGACCUCUUCGGCCCCUGCAGCAGCAGCAUCACCAACAGCAGCAGCAGCAGCAGCAGCAGCACAAGCAGCAGCAGCGGCAGCGCCCAAGCAGCAGCAGCAGCAGCAGCAGCAGCGGCGAGGCUGGCGUGCAUGCUCGCUGUUGCGACAGCCACGCCGUGUCUUUGCUGCUCUCAGAUGACCCGGUAG